AUGUGUGCAUGGAACAUUGUUCUGUGGGGGCUGAUGCUGUUCAUUCGCCACCUGCACGCCGAAUUCAUCAGCACUGGCUACACGAGCAAUGAAGACAGCUCAUUAAUCGUUCGCACCACAAAAGGCCUAGUGAGGGGGAAACGAGUCGUCUCGGUGACUGGCAAAACAGUCGAUCAGUUUCUCAGCAUUCCCUAUGCAAAGCCACCGGUGGGCAAGAUGCGCUUCAAACACCCACGGCCGAUGGACCCCUGGGAGGACAUCUUCAACGCCACCAGACCGCCCAACUCGUGCUAUCAACUGAAUGACACCACUUUUGGAGAUGAAUUCCCCGGCAGUAUGAUCUGGAACCCCAACACCCCAGUCAGCGAAGACUGCCUCAAUCUCAACAUUUGGACGCCCUAUCCUCGGGCUCAGGGUGCAGCCGUCUUGGUGUGGAUUUUCGGCGGUGGUUUCUACAGUGGCACGCCCUCACUCACUCUCUACGACGGGCGAACAAUGGUCGGUGAUGAGAACAUCAUCCUCGUGUGCAUCAACUAUCGUCUGGGCAAUUUGGGCUUUCUCUACCUGGAGAAGGCACGCCAUGAGGCGCCAGGCAACGCAGGAAUGUUCGACCAGCUAAUGGCAUUGCAGUGGAUACGCGACAAUAUUGGCUUUUUUGGCGGCAACCCCGACAAUGUGACGCUCUUCGGUGAAAGUGCAGGCGCUGUGAGCAUCAGCUUUCACUUGCUGUCUCCACUAAGUCGAAACCUCUUCAGUCAGGCGAUCCUGCAGAGCGGAGGGCCCACGGUGCCCUGGGGAACGACGCCCCUGGCGAAGAUGAACCAACGAGGCCUUCUUCUUGCUGAAGCAGUCGGCUGUCCGAAAGAUGAGGACACACCGGAACUGACAAUGGAGUGCUUGCGUAAGGUUAGUGCUCUUUCACUGGUCGGCAAUGAAACCAAUGAAAGCUACGGAGUGGUCGAGUUUGCCUUCACCCCUAUCGUCGAUGGCGUUUUUCUCGACGACCAGCCGGAGAAGCUGCUGGAGAACAAGGACUUUAAGCGAACCAAACUGCUGCUGGGCAGUGUCAGCGAGGAGGGCACCUACUUUAUCAUCUACCACCUGACUGAGCUUUUUAAAAACUCAGAAGACGUGUACCUGACCAAGGAGGACUUUGUGAAGACGGUGAAGGAGCUCACGCCCAACAUGAAUCGAAUCGGGCAGGAGGCAAUCAUGUUCCAGUACACUGACUGGCACAAUCCAGACGACACCAUUAAGAACCGAGACGCAAUUGACAAGAUUGUCGGCGACUACCACUUCACCUGUCACGUCAAUCGACUCGCCGACAAGUACGCUUCAGUGGGCAAUGAGGUGUACAUGUACUACUUUACACACCGCUCCACUCAGAAUCCGUGGCCAAAGUGGAUGGGAACGAUGCAUGGCGACGAAAUCAGCUUCAUCUUCGGUGAGCCCAUCAAUCCCAAGUUUGGCUAUACAAACGAAGAAGUUGUCCUCAGCCGACAGAUGAUGAAAUGCUGGGCAAACUUUGCCAAAUCAGGUAAUCCAACAUUAGAUGAAAAGGGCGUCUGGUCUCAGCUGCACUGGCCUCUGUACACUACUCACAGCAAAGAGUACUUGACACUGGCCGUCAACACCACAGCCAUUGGACGUGGCCCCAGAACGAAACAGUGUGCCUUCUGGCAGAAUUACCUUCCCAAACUCAUGAAAGAUGUUGCUAAACUUGAAGAGAAGAGUACACAAUGCGGUAAUUCUGCAUCAAAAUGGACGACAAACAGCCGGAACUCUUUCUUCUUGAUACUAAUGAUAGCCAUCUUAAUGCUCUAA